CAAAGUGCAAAGUGCAAAGUGCAAAAUGCUAUAAUCUGUAAUCUAACUGCAAAACCAAACUAUACUACAAAGCCCUCUUCCUAGGCUAGGCUACAUGAUAAUGAACUGUACCUUCCCAACGGUCACAUUUCCUGCAAUUCCCAAUUUUACUACUUCUACUAUUUCAGCAUGUCCUAAAACCCUGAAUGUCACUUCCCUCAAAAACCCUAUGCCCUUUCUCAAACCACCAAACAAGAUAAACCCAACAAAGCUAAAGCUAAAGAUAAGUUUCAGAACGAGAGCCUCCGUGAGCGACAGCAAUGGCGGAACUGGGAACUGGGUCAAGUGGAUACCCACCGGAGCUUUCUCUAUCUCCGCCGACAAAGUUUUCAGGCUGAUUUCCGGUGCCACCGCCAGUCCCAUUUACCAGUUCGUUUCGUCUCCAACCACUUUUCUUCAUUCUGUGGAUCCCAGAAUCAAAUUGGUAUGGCUUUUGGCUUUAGUUGUUUUACCAGCAAGAUCACAUAUAGCAAUGCGUUUUGGAUUAGUGAUAUUCCUGUCUUUUCUGUCUAUAUGGAUUCUCCCAAGACAUGUUUGGAUGGACCAAUUGGGAAGAGUGUCUUUGCUCUCUGGCAUUUUAUUCAUUAUGUUGGGGCUGGGUGCAGAUGGUGUAACACCUCUUGUCCAGUUAAGAACUCCACCUCCUGCAAUGAUGGGAUUGCCUAAACUUCCUGCAUCUUUGGGUGGUUAUUCGUAUUUGAUUAUGAAGCUGGGACCAUUACAAUUUACAAGGAAGGGACUGUCAGUAGCAAGCAUUGCUGCAUGCUUAACUUUUACUGUCUUCCAAAGUGCGAGCCUUUGUCUAACAACAACAACCCCUGAACAACUUGCAUUUGCCUUGCGGUGGUUUAUGCUUCCUUUGACAUAUAUUGGUGUUCCAGUUGCUGAGAUUGUUCUUACCCUUAUGCUUUCAUUAAGGUUCAUUACCCUAGUGUUUGAUGAGGUCCGUAAUGUUGCACUGGGGAUUGUUUCUCGUAGGAUAAAUUGGCAAGAUUUGACAAUGAUGGAGACGAUUGAUAUUUUUGUUAUCUACUUUCGCCGGAUCUUCAAAAAUAUUUUUAUCCAUGCAGAUCAGAUUUCACAGGCAAUGAUAGUCAGAGGCUUUAGAGGGGACAGCAAAACUCAUAAGAUUUACUUUCUGUCAGACUCAUCCUUUGGGAUGGCAGAUAUUGUUUCUUUGCUGUGCCUGGUUGGUGUUACAGGUGCUGCCCUUUUGUCUGAUUACUUCCUUGUUUGAUACUCAUGCCCACUCUUGCCUUGGAAACAAAGCUUCUUGCAACUUCAAUACCAUAUAUCAUUAUGGCUCCAUCCCCUUAUCUUUAGUGGGGAUGCAUGGGUAUUAUACAUCUUGAAAGAUUUGCAGUUUAUUAAUGAAAAGAAAAAAUAUAGUACCACAAACUAUUACACAACUUCUAUACUACAACUAAGAUAUGACAGAGUGUGAUUGGUGAAGAAAAAAUUGUAGGUCCAUAUUUAAAUGAUAGGCAACCACCUACAGUCUACUUUGUCAGAGUUGUGGCAAAAUGUUGUAGAAUAGUUUGUGGUCUUAGAACCACUCUAGUGAAAAUAUAUUCAUGUUGAAAAUGCAUUUACAAUUCAUAGAUAGAAGCAAUGGAGCUGCAUCCUGGUGUCUAUGUCAAGCAUGCCUGGAUGUUGCCCUUUACUGCACAAGUAUCUUGUAAUUGUCUAAAUCUUAGCAUAGGUUUAAGUAACCAUUUCUCAAUCUUGAUUGUAUCCAUAGCAAGUUUCAAGUGCUGUAAUUCUCAUACAUUGUUACAUUAUUUUAUUGGGAAAUGAGUUUCUGCUAUUGAAAAAUUUCACCUCUUAA